AUGCCACGCGGUGGAAGUUGCCGAUCACCACUCCUAGUAAUCCCAACCAGUCGGAUAAUAAAUCCGACCGUUGGGAUAUUCGGUUAUAACCAUGCAUGGACUUUGAGACCCUGUAUAAUUGUAAACGGGGGUUGGUCUAGUACGAUGUGGAGACCAAAUGCGGGUUUUCCUUUUCCCGGAAUAAAUAGAGCUGUAUUAUCAUUAUCGAAUGUAGUACAGACUCACGGUAUAGCACUGUGUGUUCGCGAUAGUUGCCGAACGUGGCUCAAUUGCAUAGUCUGGGCAACUUUCCAAAGCGCUGUAGAGCGAGUAGAGCCUGUGAUAGUUGUCGCAGGACUAUUCUCGGACAAGGGGUUUCUAUUUUAUGAAAAUUCGUACAUAAGAAAAAAGGGAAAGGAGAGAAAGAACGACUCAAUGAUCGGGUACUGCCCUCGCUCCCGAUACUGUUUCGUUCAUCACGAUCUGAAUGGGCCCCCGUCGAUGAGCCAGGUUGAGCAGAGGUAA